ACACGUGUGAGUUACCUUCACGGAUCCAUUUAAUGGUACUGCUCUAGCCGACUCCUCGUCAGCAGGGAAAGGUGAGAGGAGCUGGAGUCCAUGUCAGCGUAAUGAGGAUCUGGUUUCGCCAGGUGUCAGUCGUUGACUCGUCUCACCCCUAUAAGUGAGACACUUUCCAUGAAGACUGGCAGUACGAGACCGCCUUCCUCACCAAACUAGUGCCGUAGUCGCGUUGCUCGCGGGCCUCGGUUCCUCCGGCGUCGAGCCAAUUGUUGCCACCUCUCGCUUCAUAGCCACUGCUUCAGGGUCGUGUCCGAUUCCACUCUAGGCGUCGGACCCAGUUACCUUUUAUCCUAUAUACCCACUAAAUAAGUCAUGAAGAUCUACGACUGCGAGACCAUUCAGAGUGGGGAGUGUGGUUGGGCAGUGCGUAGCGACAAACAUGAGCAUGGGAAUCGUCACUAGUUUCUUAAUUUAAUCGCAACCACUGCUCGUGAAGGGGUUAAGCUCAAUUGGGUUUCAGGUAGCUGAUCCUUUGCGGUGCCACCAUGAAUAUCUUGAUAAAGGGGGGGAGUUAGUUCAUGCACUGUAGCUUACUUGUACCGGGUGGAAUCAGCGAAAUUCGGGAGGCGGUCUAGCGUUCGUUGGCACCAUGGCGUAUGUCCACAAGGUCCCACCUGGUGAGUCGUUGGAAUUUGUCAAUGAGGCUUCCCCGGGGUCAAGUCAGGAUGACACAGUGUUGGAGAGUGGAGGAGAAAGCAAGCAAGACCAGUUCGUACAGAAGAGUUUUACAGGCGAGACAGGAGGUGGUGAAGCAGUUAUAUCUGAUGCACCUCAAUCAGGUGGUGGUGCGCCAGAAAUGCCUGUCAAGGAAGAUUCUAAGCCGAAAGAAGAAGGUGGUCAACCAGAAACCCUCGUCGGAAAAGGGUUGGAGUCGAUCGGUGACUUGGUGGUGGAUACAUUGCAGCCCGUAGCAACAGUCGUUGGAAGGGUGGCCCAAGCACCAACGGUCAUAAUGGCAAAUUUAGUGGGAGGUUUUGAUUCAAAGCCAGAGGAAAAGGACGUAGCAGUGCAGGAAGGUCUGCAAAAUGUUAGCUCGCCGAGUUCUCCUCAAACACCACAAGGAGGAGAUAAACUGAAUGUUUACUCUCCCACUUCCUCCCGCUGGACACGGCUUCUUACCCCCCGCGGAACACCAAUCCUAAAUCGUAUUGAACACCUUGAGCUGCAGAUGUCUAUGUUGGAAGAGAAGUACAAUCCUAAGACAAUUUCGACGGAACACAACUUGUCACCAAAUUCGCAGCUGGUUACUCCUCGAACCCGAGAGAGGCUUCGCACUGCGCGGUCCCUGCUGCGAGAAACGGAGUCAAAGGGCACAUUGGUUGAGCGAGUUUCUUUUCUCGAGGCUCGUUUAACUGAGCACAUGGAAAGUAUUGAGAGGACUCUUUCAUGUAUCGAUUCCAAAUUGGCUGGAGUUGAUUCCAAAUUGAAGCAUGAGCAAUUGGAACUUCCAGCUUCUAUACAAGAAAAUCAUGGUGACAAGCGUGACACUGCUCUUGCGUCUUUCGAUCCCUCACAUCUGGCAUCUACGCAGCAAGGAUCUAAGGAAGCACUUGUGAAAGAUUCUUCAGUAGCUGUACCGAGUGGCACAUCGUUAGAACCUAUACAUAAGGAAGAUAUUCCCAGCUCACUUGAAUCUUCGGAACUGGGAUUGCCAUCCACGCUUAAGGAACCAAGGGAAGCAGUUGCAAAGGGGUCUUCGGCAGCAGUUCCAAGGCCAGAAUCUGUACAGGAGGAUGACGCCGAAAAGAGUGGUGCGGCAAAUGUAUCUGCAGUCUCACAAUCGACAUCCAGAGUGGAGGAGCCUCAGAACGCCCCAGGCGGAUCUGUAAAGGAGGCCAAGUCUUCUUCAUUGCCUACACAAAAUGAAGCUGAGUAUAAAUUAGCUGAGGAUGUCGAAGCAACUGCUAAGGCACCUGAAAUACGACCAAGCGACGUUGUGGAGCCGAAGCCGUUCGGAACAAAAGAGAAAAGCUCCAAGAAAGAGAAGAUACACGAUGGAAGCAAGAUUGUGGAAGGUCAGAGCAGAGAUAACUCGUUGGUUCGAGCAAUGGAAAAGGACAGGCAUCCUUUCAAGCAUUUGCGCGACAGGUUCCGACGUGCUUUCAGAACCAAAAAUGAUUCAUGAUUCUUCAACACCUCGCCAGUCAUUUAGUUCUCCUCUCAUUCUCGGACUUUCCCACCAUGCUACAAGAACUCAUUAUUCUCUUGCCAUGGUGGUAGUCUACUUCAAUGCAACACAUAUGAGUUUUCCUUUUCGGGCCGUGUUUUUUGGGGAUUGAGAAGGAAUCUUGUAUAGGUCAGACUUAUUUGUAUCUAACUGUAAUAUGUUGAAGGGAUGUAUAUUCUUGAAUCUAAGAAUUUCUGAUUAAAGUAUGAGACUUUAUGAGGCUUUGCCGCA